GGAGAAGGAACUCGGCGUGAGGCUGCUUGACAACGCGGAAAGGAGGAGGUGGUGGUGGUGGGGACAAUGCCAUGGUGCCUCCUCCCGCCCAGCUGCUCUCUGCAAGCCGGUUCUGUGCCACCGCCAGUCCGGGCGUAGGAGCGCAAAGAGACACCCGGCAGCCGCAGGCGCCGCCUCCUGGGAAGCUAGAGUCUCUGCGGGGGGGUUGUUGGUUGUCAAUGGCUGGCUGACCCUCCACCCCCGAUCCCCGUUGUCACCGGCGGUCCUCGCCGCGCGGGCAAAGCGGCUCCUGGCGCGGCUGAAUGGGUGGGCGGGUGAAUGGCUAGCUGGCCAGGCGGAUGGAGGGAUGCAAGAGACCCUGCGCGGCAACAUCAUCAUGAGGACCUCGCCGCGGCGCCACGGGGACCUCGGCCGGCUCUCCCGGCUGCUGCUGCUCUUGCCACUCUGCUUCACGUGCGCGCUGGCCCUUGACUCGGGGCCGCGGAGCGCCACCGCCGGGCCAGCAGCAGCGGCAGGAGGCGGCGGCGGCGGCGGCUCCGGCUCUGACAGAGGGUCCACAGCAGCGGCAUCGCCUGGGGGAGAGGUGCGCUCCGGUGCGGGAGCCGAAACGUCGUCUCUGCUCUCACCUUCGCCGGCUCCUACUCCUCUUCCCCGAUCCUCUCUUCUCCUUCCCCCGCCGCCUCCUCUUUCGCCCUCGCCCACCACCCCGCAGCAAUACGGGGGCGAGGAGGAGGAAGAAGGGAACGACAUUGGUUCCUGGGCGGCGGCGGCAGAAGCAGGCAACGCAACUGGGAUCCAGCCCACCUUGGCGCCCCCCGAUGACCCCCCAACCCAGCCUGCUGCUACUGCGGGAGCACAAGGGGGCAGCCCCUCAGGCUCCGAGGGGCCCGGCCCUGAGGUGCCCAGCCCUGGCAACGCCGCUUCGGCGGUAGACGCGGCAUCCCCGCUGGUUCCGCCGGCUCCUUCACUAGCCUCAGCGUCCGCGGCUCCCCAAGAACCGACCCUCAGCGUCUGGUUCAGCAGCGUCCCCACCGCCGAGCCCUCGUCGCCUUCCGAGGAGGAAGAGAAAGACGAUCUGGUGGCCCAUAGUGGGACAGACUUCAUCAUCUGUAACUGCAGUUCUGUUGGGAGCACUGGUCUGGGCGACUGUAACACCAGGACAGGGCAGUGCGAAUGCCGGACAGGACACGUGGGUCUGCACUGCGAAGGGUGUGGGGAAGGCUAUUACCCAGACCCCACAAGUGGGCACUGCCUUUGGUGCGGCUGCUAUUCCGAGGGCUCCGAAUCCCUGUCCUGCGACAACUCUGGAAGAUGUCGCUGCAAAGCUGGUUCAGAUGGCCCCAAAUGCACCCAGUGCCAGGAAGGCUACUCCCUGUUCAACGGGACCACCUGCGAACCUUGUCGGUGUAACAACCAUUCGGCGAGUUGUGAUCGGUUGACAGGCACUUGCUUGGACUGUCAAGGGAACACAGAAGGCGCUUCCUGCGAGAAAUGCAAGGGGCAGUUUUACCGAAGUGGUUCGCGACACCAUGAGUGUCUUCUUUGUCCUUGCUCCCCUGUAGUGUCCUCUGGCAGCUGUCAUAUAAAGCCCGGUCACCGCAUGCCAACCUGUGACCAGUGCCGCCCCGGCUACAGCGGUUCUCACUGCAACCAGUGUGACAUUGGCUACUACAGCUCUGACAGCCUCUGUAUCAAAUGCCAGUGCAAUGGGAAUGUUGACCCAGCGCGGUCACCCAGAGUCUGCAGGCUGGACACAGGGGAAUGCCUUGGCUGCCUUUACCACACGGCAGGAUUUCACUGCGAAAAGUGCCAGGAAGGUUACGCCAAACGUUUGGAAGGAGCGAAUUGCACCAGGAAAGAAUAUGUUCCUGGUCCCGAAGGCAGAGGGUUCGCUCCUCCGACUAUAAACAUCAGUGUAUCAACAUCAUACUCUACAACAGCCACCAACAGCACAUUACCCCAGCCUUCGAUGGUACAAACAGUUUCCCCCAUCAGUUCCUCUGACAAUAGUACUUCUACUUUAGCUGAUGUAUCAUGGACCCAGUUCAAUAUCAUCAUCCUUACUGUCAUUAUUAUCCUCGUGGUUCUGCUGAUGGGCUUUGUGGGUGCUGUCUACACGUACCGCGAAUAUCAGAACAGGAAGCUGAAUGCCCCCUUUUGGACCAUUGAGCUCAAGGAGGACAACAUCAGUUUCAGCAGCUACCAUGAUAGCAUCCCCAAUGCUGAUGUCUCAGGCCUGUUGGAGGACGAUGGUAACGAGGUAGCGCCCAAUGGCCAGCUGGCGCUGGCCACUCCCAUGCAUAACUACAAGGCUUAACAAAACCAGGGUUGAGAGUUUUCAAAAUCUUGUAAGUGGAGCAAACCAGUGCAGUGCCUGUUGGGAGGGACCCCAGUCAAAUGACACCAGCGUUCCGGGCAAGAGGACUAGAUAACUUUCCCAGCAUUGGCCGUGGCCAGGCUUUGGGGUACACACACACACACACACACACACACACACACACACACACAGUGUUGGACACUGGAGAUAAUAAAGGAGUUUCAGGUAAAUUUACAGAUUGUAUUCGAUUCAUUGUUUCCCAUCAAAAUCCAUCCUUGCCACUAUGGAUAUAAACUUGUAUUUUAAAAAAUGGAGUUGCUUUGAAAUAUAUUUUUGUAAGCAAUGAUGAAGGCAUAUACCAAGACGUCAUCUCAUCGCCAAUCAAAAGCUAUGUUGAAACACUGGACGCCUGAUUUUAACUCUUGUUUUGAAAUGUAGCCAUUGUCAUCUAACUUAUGGGAAAUGGCUUUUAUGGUUUGGAGAGCGGGGGUGGGGGGUGGAUUCCCAGAACUCUGUUUUGUGCUCUUAAAAGUUUUGCUGCUGCUGCUGCUUUUUUUUUAAAAAAAAAGAAAAGUCACUGGUGAAAAGAUGUGCUGAUAGAAACCAAGAGCUCUGAAAGUUUCCAUUUAUGCUUUGACCUUAGGAGUACAUAAAAGAAAUGGGUGAGAGUGUUGUACUUUUUUUGCAACCUUCCUUCGAACGUGAUGAUGAUGCUAUUUAAAAUGCAAGAAUCUGUUUAUUUUCUUAGCUUUGUUGAACUCUGAUUCUCCCAAGGGAUGCUAGCGAGGACGUUGCACGAGCGUUGUUCCCCGAGUCUCCAAUCUGGUGUGGAAACAGCCUGUAUACAGAAUGUAACAAAGCUUCCUCUGCAAUGUAUUUGUAAACUAUUUGUACAAAAAUGACAUAUUUUAUCACUUAGAUUUUAUCUGUACAGCCACUCACCGCAUUGUAAAAACAAAAAACAAACACAGAAGUCAAAGCAGCAACAAAUAAGCAAGUAUUGUAUUAAAGUGCUGUAAAUUUCAAUGGCAAUAUUGUUGGAGCUGGGCCUCCGGCAAAGGUUUGUUGCUAACUUUUUCCUCUUCUGAUAAUAUGACUAACUUUCUGAUCUUAAAUUGAUCGUUCCUCCCUCUCUCUUUUUUGUUUUUGUUUUGGUUGAACGUCUGCCAGGGGUGAGGAACCUCUGGCUCGGGGGCCAAAUGUGACCCUCCAGGCCUCUUUGUCUGACCUUCAAGGCUCUCAUCAGACUGAGGCAGCUGCCUUGGGUGGCAGAAUCCUGUGAGGGAUCUGCAGAACCCCAGUAAGCAAGGCUUUGGUGGGGGAAGGGGCCGGUUCCUUCCCAUUUUGCCUCAGGCAGUAUAACAGAACAGGCUGCCCUGCUUGAGUGUUUUUGGUUGGCUGGAAUCUGUCUUUUGAAGAAUGAUAAAACCUUUUGGGUUGUCUGGACAAAGAGAAAUAGGUCUGUGUAGAGAGCAGCCCAGCAUAUAAAAGGGGGAAAUUGUAUUUGUUUCCUGUUAUGUACUGAGCUGAAUCCUAGAACAAUAGGAUUCAGAAUCAGCAGGAGCUAUCCAAUCCAACUCCAGGUGGAAGUGAAUCCGCAACCUGAUUGGCCUGCAGGAGCAGCCAAUCAGGCGGCUGGCAGAAGUGAAUCUGCAACCUGAUUGGCCUGUAGGAGCAGCCAAUCAGGCUGCAGGCAGAAGUCAAAUAUUUCAUUUCCCCAUCCACUCCCUUGGCUGAUGCGAUAUGACCCCUUCCAGAAAGUUUGAAAGCUCACCAGGUUCCAGGACCUCCUGUAACUCUUAACCCUUGACUCCUGCUACUUGCCCCCUUGCUCUGACUGCCUGGUCUCCUGUUUCCUACCCUCUUCCUCCUCCUUUGCUGGCAGUUGUCUCACAGGUGGCACAGAACCCCACCAAUUAAUGCCCCCCCCUAAUUUCAUUGUGCUCCCUCUCUAUCUCUUCCGCCUGCAUAUCUCCCCACUCCUUGAUCUUCUGCCAGUCCCUGGAACUCUCUUUCAUUCAGAGUUCUCUACCUCUGCAACCACAGCACAAGAAGCAAUCAAACGGUUUAAAAUUCCACCUCUUUGCUUUGCCAUAGCUUUCCAGUCAGCAACAUUUAACGAGUAUGUUUAUAUUGUUAAUCUUUUUGCUGACAUUAGCAAAAAACUGUUUUAGUGCAAAUGUGUGUGCGUGGGGGGAAGGAUUGAAAUAAUGUUCCCCCAAAGGCAUGCUAAGGUACAUUGUCCUUCUUUUGCCCGUACAGUUAUGACACACUCACUUGUGUUGAUGGGGCAUAGGGGGGGCAUACAUUCAAAAAAGUGUUACAUCUGUUGAAAUGUGGAAAGCCAGUUAAGUGCUAAAGGGCAGAAGCCAGGGUGCUCCUCUCAGGUGCGAUGGCAGAUAUUGGCCCAUCAUCGGUGUUGAAAUCAGUGUUGAGACCUGUGGGUAUAGGGCGAUAUACAAAUUUAAUUAAUAAUAAUAAUAAUUAAUUAAUAAUAAUAUCAGAUUCAGCUCCAGUACAGUUGGCUUCUUUAUGUGGAAAAGGGAAGGAUGUGCUUUCUUACCAUUUGCCUCAGGCAGCACAAUGUCUUGGCUCAGCUGGCUCAGCCCUGCUAUUAGGCAGAGGGAGCCAGCCACCUCAGGUACAGCGCUGGAUUUAAGGUGGUGCGGGCAGUUCCCCUGCACAGGGUGCUGAGCUGAGAGGGUGCAAAAUUGAGAAGAUCUAUGAUUAAGAAGAUCCAUUUGGGGGUGCCAAAUUUUGGCAUCACACGGUGCCAUAUUACAAAAGAUUACCAAAGUGUGCCCCUGUCAGGUGGCAGAUACUGAGGACUGGGGAGAAGUGUAGGUGCCACAUGGACAGUCCCUCCUAAGGCAGCCUGUGCAGUUGAGGACAGAGUGCCUGAAUCCACUUUAAUUCCACAAAUCCAAAUUUCCCAGCAGGCACUUCAAGCCUUCCUGCAAAACAGUAAAAAUAUUGAGGCGGCCAUUGACAGAAUGUGCAUCCUUGCUUCCUGGGAGUGGGGUGGGUGGGUGCAUGGCUGAAUCAGCCCUCAAAAGAACAAGUGUGGGAGUUUACAGGAGAGAACACUAUGUAUUUAAGUGUUCCACUGGGGAAAAAAAAACUGUGUCAAUUUUUAUCACCUUCUCUACUUGAAACCAACUGUCGGGAGAAUGUUAUCUCUCAAAUGUUCCACCCUAUAUCAACCUUCCAUAUUUGUUUUGUUUUUAAAGCUGCCUUUCCUUUCCUUGAUGGCUUUGCGAAGUCUUAUCUGCUCCUUUCAACCCUUCCCAGUCUCCCAGAGCUAGUAUGGCUCCCAACAAGGAACUCACCAUAUUGUAAGUGUAAAUGGGUUUAGCUGUCCUGGUUUCACUGCAAAGGAUUCUGGAGGGAAAAUAACAAGGUACCACCCUUCCAAUUUACACUCGUGGCACUCUUACAUUAAAUAGUGUAAUAAUUUUUUCCCCCUGCAUAUGUCUGUGGGAAACUUCACUUCAUAUGCACUGCAAAUUCUCAUUAGCCUCCCCCACCCUGCUGCUUCCAGGUGUUUCGUAGUACAACUCCUAUUAGUCCCAGCCAGUGUGGCCAAUGCUCACAGACAGUGGGACCUGGAGUCCAAAGACAUCUAGAGGGCACUAGGUUGAGGAAAGCAGACCUGCAUCAUAAGGGGGGGGUGUUCUUGUUUCUUAGCUAGUCCUAACAAGGGUAUGGUGCUUCUAUGGAUUCUUUCCUCUUUAGGCAGGGAUGUCUAACUUGUGGCACUCCAUGUGCUCCUGAAUUACAAUUCAUGAUUGAUAGCUCAGUCAGUAGAGCGUGAGACUCAUAAUCUCAGGGUCAUGGGUUUGAGCCCCAUGUUGGGCAAAAGAUUCCUGCACUGCAGGGGGCUGGACUAGAUGACCCUUGUGGUCCCUUCCCUGCUCUACAAUUUUAUGAACUUGCAUCAGUCCUAACUUUGGUCAUACUGGCUGGGGCAGGUGGGAGAAUCUCAGGCUCCCCAUUUCUUGCGUAGAGGAAAGUCAAGAAGGUCAAAUAUCUUCUACAACAGCCUACAUGUAAGUAGACCCUCAACUUCUAGCAUGCAAAAGGUCCCAGAUUCAAUCUUUGGCAUCACUGGGUAGGGCUGGGAAGGACUUCGGCCCAAGAAUCUGAACUAGGGACAUGGAACCUGGUGCCCUCCAGCUAUUGUUGGGCUACAUCUCCCAUCAUACCUGUCCAUUGGUGAUGCUGGCUAGGGCUGGUGGGAGUUGGAGUCCAACCACAUCCAGAGGGCCACAGGUAUCCACAUCCCUGCCCUAAUGGACCAGCAUUGGGGGAGGAAUCUUCCCAUCAAAGAACCCCUGCCUCAGCUCUUAAAGCAUAUGGCAGAUGAGUGCAUAUUUUGAGCAUUUAGACAUAUUUCAUGGAUGUGAAACCCAGCUCAUCUUAGGUGAGUUCCACACACAAAUGUCUACCAUGGAGAGAAUAUGCUGACCUGUCAAACCUGUGACGUGUAAUAACAGAACCACUGAACAGUGGGUGGUGUUUCAGUAUUAAGAUUUUAGAAGCAACAUUUUGAGAGUAUAUAUCGGGGAUGGGGAACCUGUGGCCCUCCAGAUGCAGUUGGGUUACAACUCCCAUCAUCCUUCACUAUUAGCCCUGUUGGCUGGGGCUCAUGGGUACUGGAGUAAACUACUUCUGGGGAACCAAAGGUUUCCCAUCCAUAAAAGGCCUAUUGCUGUACUCUGGAUACAUUUUGGCAUUUCUAAAGGAGAAUUCAGUGCACCCUCCCCAGGCUGCCAGAGUUCCUUAAGGGAAUCCAUUAGAAAUUAAACCAUUUUUUUUGUGGCGGUAUUGUAGGAUAGUAUGUAUGUACCCCUAUGCGAUGCUAUUCAAAUUCAAGGAAGUGAUACUGUUGCCUGGUGUGAAUGGAGAAGACUGACGGAACUUUAAGUUACUCAUGGUGGCCAAAGGCUUACAGUCCUUUCAUCUUGUUCUGGCUAUAAUCUUAAAGUAAUGACUUUGAGCCAUGUCAAUCUAUGCCAUGGCUGGUUUGGAUGAAAGCAAAUGUAAUCUCAAUGACCCAAGUUUUGCCUCCUCUCCAUAUGCUGUUCCAUAGCCACACUUGUGGCUGCACUUGUGUCAAAACAGAAACAGCAGGCCAGUGUUUGUUCAUUUUUAAAAAAUAGAAUCUAAUGAACUACCAUAGCUAGAAAUAACUGCAUGAAAUUUAUCUGUAGAGAAGCAGCAUGAAUUGUGUAGUGAAAUAGGCACUGCAUUAGAUCAGGCCAAAAAAUAUGCUAAAUUUAUGAAGCAGGUAUGAUGAUCUCAGAAGCAUGGUUGGCCAAGCCCUUUUAUGCCCUGAAAUUUUAUUCCAACUCAUUGGUCACAUCCAUACCAUACAUUUAAAGUGCAUUCAGAGCACAUGGCUUUCCCCCAAAGAAUCCUGGGAACUGUAGUUUGUUGAGGGUGCUCGGAAUUGUGGCUUUGUGAGGUUCUUGGUUCCCAGGAUUCUUUUUGGGAAGCCAUAUGCUUUGAAUGUAUGCCAAACAAAACAGAUAUAAUAAGCCACAGCAAUAAUUUAACACAGAGAACCUACCGGUAAUAAAAAAAUAAUCCUGAAAUAAAAUAUCUGUACUACAGCAACCUAAACUUUAAAAGCAGUCAAAACGUCUGAAAACUCAACUGCUUAUAUCUCCAAAUCAUAUAACAUGGUUUGGGCUACUGAAUUGAAUAUAACUUGAACUCACUGUCCCCAGGGACAAUCCACCAGCCAUAAUUUAUGCCCCUGAUUUCUGAGCAUAUGUUGAGCUUUUCUUGACAAAUGGUUGGGGGGGAGUGCGCGAUGGGAGGGAUCAAAUGUGUGAUCAGAAUAUAUGUUGGAAUUUAUACUGAAAAGUGUUAUUUAAAAUGGAUUAAAAUAAAAUGUAUAUAAUUUGUAUCUAUUCCAGUUUGGCUUUUGCCUUUGUUUUUUAAAUAAAACCUGUGAAUGGGUCAUAUACAGCUUCUACAGACAUUUUAAAUCAGGGGUGGUGAAUCUCAGACUCAGAGGGCUAAUGUAUCUCUCCAGACCUCUAGCUGACCAUUGAGGCUCUCUGAUACAACAAUUCCUCCUUGGCCACACCUUUCAUCAGCCUGCUUCAGACCCUCUUUGAGUAUUUUUGCCUGGUUGGAUUGUAUCCUUAAUCUCUGAUGAUGCCUCUUGCUUGCCUUGUU